AGUCUGCACGUGUUGCUUUCUUGCUGUAGCAAUGAACACAGCAUUACACACAGAGUUGCACAAAUCACCAUAGUUCUGUGUAAUUUUAAAAACAAAAUAUUUAUUUUAGAUUUUGCAAAAGAAUUAUGCUUUUGUUCAACUGUAUAAUAUAAAAGAUAUUUUUUUGACAGAUUAUUUCUAAUUAAUAGGUUAAAUACUUGAAUUUUUACAUCGGAUUAUACAAACUUGAUAGCAUUGACUUUUCUGCUAAUAGCUAUUGGCAGCUCUAAUAGAAAAAAAUAAUUGACAUUUUAUUUCUUCGGUUAGCAAAGAAAAAGUGCAAUUUGUGUUGUUUUUGAAUCCCAGCAAAAAGUAUGCAUACUGAUCUAUCUCCACAUCUGCAUACAUCGGAGUGCAAUACCUUGAUUGAACAACUAAAUAAUUGCCAUAUUGAGAAUCAAUUUGCUAAAUUUCUUGGCGUCUGCAACGAUAUUGAUAACCAGUUGGUGAGGUGCUUAAAACGUGAACGUCAAGCACGUGCUGCAGCAAACCGUGUGAAAGCGGCGGAGCGACAAGCUCGCUUAAAGGAGCGUCUAGUAUCCUCAUAAACACUCUCAUCUUAAUUUUAACCAAUCAACCAGCAAUGCCUACCGAACCAAACGAUCCACUUGAACCAUACUACUAUAACCAUGUGCCAGAAGUCAUUGGUGGUAUAGACGUACCGUCCAUUACAGAGGAAUGGGUGGAGAAUUAUCCCAGUGUUGUGGAUCGAUUCUUCACACGGUACUAUUACAUUAAGGAAAGUCCAGAACCGGCACCCUAUCAAGUACUUUUUCACUCCAAUCGUAUUUGUUUAAUUUGUUUGGCUCCCGAGCAUCCAGCAAUAAAAGACGGCAUAAAAUCAUUUACCUUUGAUAUUGGCAAUACAGAUCGCAGUAAAAAUACAGUGAAAGGAAAAGGCAAGAAAGGCGGUAUGGUUCUACAACAUGACUCCACGCUAGCCAUAUUGACCAGCGAGCAAAAUAAAGCUUACAAAAUACCUAGUUGUGUACAAAGUAAAUUGGUGGAAGUGAAUACAGCGUGGGUUGAAGCACCAAAGAGAUUGGAAAUGGCCGCCGAAGGUGAAGGCUAUGUGGCUAUUGUACUACCAAAACCUGAAGAUUGUGAAAAUAUUAAACGCAGUCUAUUAACACAAGCACAAUAUAACGAAAAGUGGACUGCGAUAAAAUUGAAUGCUGAGCAGAAGUUAGCAAAUGAGAGCAACGUUGCUAAAGCUCAGCACAAGACAGCGCAAGUUGAGCAAGAAUCUGCGCCAGUGGAAAAACAAAAUACAGAUUCAUCAUAGUGUAGUUUAAUUACAUAUGUCUUUUGUUGAUAUUUGUGAAGUUCUAAAAAAAUAUGCUUGUUUUUUAUCAAAACAGCUGUUUAUGUUCAUAUAUUUAAGUUACGGUGUAUUAUAACAUAGAAACAACAAAUUCUAAUUUUCUGCCGAAUUAAAAAAAGAGUCACCAUGAAUUUUGAAUGCCUCACAUUAAUAAUAAAAAUGAAAUAUGAAGUGUGUGUGGCUUGAAACUUAAGCUGUUAAAUAAAACUAUGCAGUUUUAAAACCGAAAAAGCGACUGACAUCGAAAAUAGAAAUCUGUUGUAGAUUGCUGCAUCGAUAAAUUUAUUAAAACACGCGAUUUGGUUUUUUUCUAAGUGAUUUUUUAUUUGUUGUUACAAUUCAGAGUCUAUCAUUAUGUCCAACAUUACAUUUAAAUGUAAGCUCACUGAUAUUUCAGCUGUCAUAAAUUGGCUAAAUCAUUUUUACAUUAAUUUGUCGAUGUAAUGCUUACAACUUGAUUUAAGUUUCAUUUAUUCUGUUUCUUAUAAAAAAUCAUGCAACGUCUUCACUGUUUUGCUCUUUUUAUUGCAUUUUUCAUUAAAUUUUUUACAUUUUACUCACUCAAAUAAAAAAGAAAACUUAUUAACUAUGACAGGGUCUAAAUUCACAAUGCCUUUGGUGCAGUGCAGUGAUAGUAGUUAAAAUUAUAUGUAUUUUUAUUAUAUUCAUUAUUUUUUAACACGCAAACUUAUAUAAUAUAUUAAAGCUCUCUCAAUGGAAGCAAAAGAAAACGGAAAACAUAUUACUGUGGUGCAUAGGUUAGGACACACUGUAUGGAGCAUAUACGAAAUUAUGAUUGUGCACAAUUAUUACAGAACAAUUAAACAAUUAAUUUCAGAAAAUAAAUGCCUUCAAUGGUUGUGCAAAGGUU